AUGCACCACAUGUCCACCACUCGUCACCAUCGCCCGCCAUGCUCAUGCUCAACCUGUGAUCAACAAGACUCGACCACGUUGGUUGGUUAUGUUGUGUGCUGUUAUGCGCUACGUGAAGAAGAAAAAGUGAAGUUAUUUGUGUUAGUUGGUUAUUACUUAGUGAAAAUGCCACCGUUUAAAAAAACAAAUGUAAACAUUUACUCAAAACCGGGUCCCCAAGUCACCCCGGAUACGAUUUAUUGGAAAAAGUUUUCGCCUCCUGUACUUCUUAAAGAAUUUGGUGCCAUUGACUACAUUAACUUUUCUCCUGUGCAGCCGUAUUAUUUUGCUUUAACAUGUUCUGUUCGGGUUCAAGUAUAUAAUCCAGUGACGAAGCAAGUAUAUAAAAAUCUGAGUAGGUUUCGAGAAGCUGCUUAUGGAGCAGCAUUCAGAUCCGAUGGUCAGUUGUUGUGUGUAGGUGGGGAAGAAGGUCACAUCAAAUUAUUUGAGAUAAAGAAUAAAACUUUGUUGAGAGUUUUUAAGGGACAUCGUGGACCUGUGCAUCGCUGCUUUUUUACAUCAGAUAAAACCCAUAUUGCUAGUUUCUCUGACGACAAAACUGUUUCUCUGUGGGACAUUCCAAGUGAGAAAAGGAUUACAUCUUUCACUGAACACACGGAUUACGUACGUGGUGGUACUGUGUCACCAGUGUCAUCUGAUAUUGUGCUGUCUGGUGCUUAUGACAGUGCUGUGUGUAUGUAUGAUUCAAGAAUGAAAGUUACUGCAUUAAAAGUGGAUCAUGGAGCACCUGUGGAAUGUGUCAUGUUCUUACCUUCAGGAGGUAUUUUUCUCUCUGCAGGUGGUACUGAGGUUCGCGUGUGGGAUGCACUGGCAGGUGGUCGACUUCUUGCUAAGUUGUCACAGCAUCAUAAGACUGUGACCUGCCUACAUUUGGCAUCAGAUAAUAAACGAAUCAUGUCUGGAUCACUGGAUAGGCAUGUUAAAAUAUAUGAUGUAGCCUCCUACAAAGUAGUACAUACUUUGGAUUAUCCUAAUUCUAUUUUGAGUCUUGGAGUGAGCCCUGGUGAUGAAACAAUAGCAGUGGGAAUGGUUGAUGGUUUGGUUUCAAUUACACAAAAAGAAAAAGGACAGAAACCUCCCAAACAAGAACGGAGAGUGUCAUAUCGAUACAUACCUGAUAAUUUUCAGCCUGCUGAGGUAGAUGAAGUUGUAGAGCAAGAAGAAUUUGAAGCUAUGAGCAAGUUUGACCAGUAUUUUAGGAAGUUUGAAUAUUCCAAAGCUCUUGACAGUGUCUUAUCGCUCUAUGUGACAAAGAAACAUCCAGCUCGAACUGUAGCCGUCUUUCGAGAACUGAUGAAGAGAAAGGGCCUGCAAAAUGCACUGGCAGGUCGUGAAGGAAAAUCCCUUGCAGUAAUUCUUAGAUUUUUGAUUAAAUAUUUGGGUGAUUAUCGCUUUACUGAAAUUUUAAUAAAUGUUGCAGAUAUAUUGCUAGAUGUGUACGAGGACUCGCCUUUGGUCACCACUGAUCUAACUGUAAGUCAACUUUUGAAAAGACUGACACAAAGAGUGCAUGAAGAGGAACAUCUAUCAGAAUCCUUGGCCAACCUUCAGGGAUGUCUGUCAAUGCUGCUUGCUGGUGCAAGUUCUGUGGAUUCUUCUGUUCCUGACCCUGCUAGCAUUUUUCCGUCUGUCGAUGCUCAGAAAACAACAGUGAUAGAAGUGAAAGAUGUCAGAUGAAAAACACUUUAAAAAAACAUACCGAUGAACAGGAAAACUAAUGACUCAGUGGACACAUGAAAUAGUCUCUACCUUAAAGAAAAUUUUGUUGUGACUAUUGUGUAUUAUGUUAAUUUCCAUUUUAUUUUGCUCCUCAAAAGAUGAUACUGAAUUUAAGUUUUGUUUUUAUGCAGUUGUGAUUAUUGUAGUAUUUAAUUUGUGAAUACAUUCUUCAAAGUGCUCUUUCUUUGCAACAGAGAUAUUUAUGGCAUAAUUGGGAAACAAAAAAGUCAAGCGUUCUUGGUUGUAAAUAGUACCUAAUAAUGUAAAUAUUUGUAUUGUGAAAUUUACAGAAUACAGAAACGUACUAUUAUGAAAAUUAAACUUUUAUCUUCCAUUUUUAUAUCGAUUUUCUAAAAUGGUUGUCUUCAAAUGCACUCUAUUUCCUUCAAAAGUAUAAACAUUUUGGUAACACUUAAUACAUUACAUCCACUCCUAUGAUUACAACUACAAAUAUAUUUUUUUACAUUGAUUUAAUUAACCCUUUAACUACUACAAGCCAUGCAAACGUCAUGUAACUUGCGUCAUGCUUCUCUCACUGCGGGCCACUCGUGUGCUGAGCUUGUUCCCAUAUAGAUAAUGCAUAAGACAUCUCAGUUAUUGAACAUCUAUCCUAGCGAUAGCCAAAAGCAUGUUUUAUGGGUGAACUUGUCCAAAGGCUCCCAGAACAUCACGGUUCUGCAUACGAUCUCAGGCAAUAUUUUGCAUAUUAACUAGUCUAGAGCAAAGUCUAGUCAAAGGGUUAAAUAUCUGUUUUUGUUAUUAAUAACAACUAUUCAGCCAAUGCAUUUCACUUUUCAAAUUCUGCUCUGAAAUUUUGCAUUUAGUUUUAAACAAAAUAAUUACAAAAAGUAUGAAAAAUUAACAACUGAUUCUAGGUCAGCAUAUUUCUUUCCAGUGCUUUAGAACAUUCAUUACAUCAUUUUAAAUUAUCUAAUUGAGCUUGAAUUUUUUCAAUCUUCUUGUAAAAUUCAAAUAGUUCAUUAUGAUUGAAGUCAACAGUGACAUUAUUCACUGAAUCAUUUUCUUUUAUUCCAAACUGAAACACUGCCUUAGGAACUGCUUGCCUCCCAUGAGUAGAGGAAGAUGUUUGAAGCCUUAAAGACCAUUUUAUAUCCUCCAACUGGGCAGGAAAAAGAGAUUUUUUUCUAAGUUGCUCCACAAUUCCUUUUGCUGUAUUAGACCAAGUAUUUACAAAAGUUUGUGCUUUAUCUUUAUUCAUUUUUAGUGUCUCCAGAAGAGAAUGAUGGAAUACUGCUGGUUUAGUCAUGUGGUAGGCAGCUUGUUCUAUAAUGUACGAUGUGGAUUCCAACAACAAUUUUAGACUGUCAUGAUCUAAAUUUAGUGACGCUUGCAGUUUUUCUUCCUCUUCAUCUGUAAAAACUUUGCCUCCUCCAGAGCCUGCCUGUAGAGCUUGGGCAAUUCGAUUUAAAAGAAGUGGAAAUUUUGAUGAAUCAAGAUUGUUGAUAAUUUCCACAGCUCUUUGCAACCUUGGAGUCGCAGUUAUCCAUGACAUUUUUUUAGGGUAAAAAGGAUGUUUUUCUUCUUGAACAACUUGCCGGAACUCAAUUCCACGAAUUUCUUGAUGAUUCUAACCUAACUGGCGCUAACCUGCUGGAUAACUGACAUCACAUUUGCUCUAACUCUUUUGAGAUGAGAUGAAC